AGAGAAGCAAUCGUCGUCAUUUCCGGCGUUUCUGUGGCGGGAGUGUACAGUGUCAGUCCACGGUAACGAUGGCCCGCGUUUUGAACGCCAUUGUGGCCGUGUGCCCUGACCGGGGAAUCGGCAACAAGGGAAACCUGCCAUGGCACCCCAUUAGGCUCAGUAAGGAAUUCGCGCAUUUCCGAAAGAUGACAGCAACUCCGUCAGUGAAAGGCAAGCAGAAUGUGGUGAUCAUGGGCAAGAAGACGUGGUACUCCAUCCCAGAGAAGAACAGACCUCUGAGCAACAGAGUCAACAUUGUCCUCAGCAGGAAGUGCAAAGUGCCCCCUGCAGGAGCACACUACUUGGCGUCAGACUUCAGCUCAGCCCUCAGGCUAAUCGAAACAGAACUGGCUGAUCAGGCCGAUCAGGUCUGGGUUAUAGGGGGCAGUUCUCUCUACAAGGAGAUGAUGGGGAGCACGGGAAUGAGAAGACUGUUUGUCACUCAAAUUCUGAAGCAGUUUCAGUGCGACACAUUCUUACCUGAGAUCAGUCUGGACAAAUAUCAUCUGCUGCCAGAGUUUCCAGAUGUACCACAAGAGCUGCAGGAGGAGAAUGGGAUUCAGUACCGAUUUGAAGUCUAUGAGAGCAUCCAGGAAUGAUGAGGCAACGCAGAAAUCAAAAAAGUUGAUGUGAUUUGUAAAUGAUCACCAUUAUGUAAAUGCUGGACUUAUUGUUUGGAACAGACGGCGGAAAACAAAAACAAACCUGUGUUAAGUAGUACUGGAAUUGACCCACCACACUUCACAGGUGUGAUGGAAGUGAUGCUGGGACUAGAUCUAGUUUGAUUUGAGUUUGUUCAGUUUUGUUUUCUUCAAGUAACGAAUGAUCUUAGAAAAGGAAGAGGUAUGUAAAGGUGUAGUCUCUGAUCUCUUUUCUCAUAUAAAUGUGUCACAGCAAAGUAAACAAAAUAAAGUGCAACCGUGGCUUCUGGAAAGUCACUUGUUUAA